AUGACAACGAACUGUCUAUCUACAUCCACCCUUGAUGUCGAAGUUCUAGCAAGCAUCUGCCAGUCCGUCGCCGAAUUUCUUCGGCGUUGCGGCUUGCAAUAUAAGAAUAUCACACUUGACGAAGCGCGGUACUCCGAAUGCUCUCAGGAGGCCAUCAAGCGCGGCUAUCCGAUGGACGACAUUCUCCCAUACAUGGCCAUUGGGGUGGCCAUGAUGUCCAACGCUUACGACCACCUCCCCGACCCCGCAACUCAGAUGUGGAUGUGCUUAUUUACUGCCGUGGGCACCUGCAUCGACGACAUGAUGCUUAAGGAGGAAUAUAUAGUGCAUAUGUAUCGUUUCACCGAACGGUUCGUGAAUUGCCAACCGCAGGGGCAUCCAGUUAUGAAUGCCUAUGACGAGCUCUUGCGGGAGGUCGCUUGCCAUUAUUCUGCACCAGCGUCAAAUUUUAUCGUUACGUCCGCACUCGACUGUUUGUCUUCCACUUUACUUGACAACGAGACCAAAGAUAUGCCGAUCUCACGGAAGACUCCCUCGUACCCCGAGUAUUCUAGGAUGCUAUCAGGCAUGCCCUAUGCAUACGCAUACUCCGUUUUCCCUCCCACAAUCCCGCUUCGGGAAUACGUUCAAUGCAUGCCGGAUUUGGCUAUAGUCUUAAACCACACAAAUGAUAUAUUGUCAUACUACAAAGAGGAGAUUGAAGGCGACUCCGCAAACUACCUGUCGCUCAUGGCAGCUUCUCGCAGUCUUACCAAACAGGACGCGCUCGACGAACUCAUCGAGAAAACUGUGCAAGCACAUCAUAAUAUCCUUGAAUUCCUGAGACCGCGUCCUGAGGCAUAUGACGCCUAUAUCGCGUUUUUCGAUGGAUUUAUCAAAACCCAUAUUAUCGUAGGAAGGUACAAGCUGGAGGAGGUCAUGUCAGAGAGGUCGUCUUCUUGA